AGUCAUUAAUGAAUACCUACUGAUACCAGUAUAUAAACUCAUUUAACAAUUAAAUCGGUAUUAGUUGAUUAUUGGUUAUUUGUACAUGCUAAUUGUUCUAGUAGCGUACAUGCGACUAAAGUGCUCGUUGCUAAUCCAAAAAUUAUCAUCAUAAUAAUACGUUCAAGCGGCAGUUCUUGUUAUUCCUCGCGAAACGCAGUGGAUGAACGAUGAAGUGGUGGUUCGUAGGUUGGUUAGCGAUUGCAGUUUUGGUGGGUACGACUUGGAGCCAAGAGGAAAAAGUUGAAGCGAUUCAUAAGAAAUCUCCAAAUGUCCGACUUUUAAGCAAUCAAACUGCUAACCUCAUAAAAGCGAUAGGACAAGCUGCAGCCACUGGAUCCAAAAACCUUGCUAACUUAACAGGAACUAUUGUCAAGCCGAUUUCAUUAGAUAUUGGAAGUAAAAUUGAACAAUCAGGAAACAAAGUGGCAAGAGUCAUAGAGGCAGUGGGAAACACAUCAGCGCUAGUUGCAAAUAAAUCCAUAGGAAUUGCAGAACAUGCGGCAAAAAAAUUGGUUGACUUUUUUCUUAGUGAUGAUGAAAUAAAAAAGAUUGAGGGAGAUUUCGCAAAACGAAUGGGCCUACAUCACCACAAAGAAGUGGACGCCGAAAAAUUCAGAAGCCUCUUAGGAGAGCUGGUCGAUUCUCAAACAAGAAUAUUCGAUUCUGAUAGAAAUUAUUGUGGUCUGUGCAAACUACUGAUUAAAAAGGUUCAACUUUUUGGAUUGCGUAUCAGCAAGGUAGCAGAAUUCAUAUGCAGAAUCUACGUUCUAUUCACUACAUUGACUUUUAAUGGAUUUUGUAAGCAGAUUAUAGAUCUUAAUUUGCCUGUUCUGGAGUACGUCGUCAACAACAGUCAAAUCUUGGAUCCAGAAUUGGCCUGUACGAUCCUUCUACAAACGAAAGAGUGUUACUAUCCUAAACCAGCACUUUCUUGGGUGACAGUUUUGCCUGAGACAACACCUAAAUAUCCAAAUAAUUCUAGAGAUCCAACUAAGAAACCUUUGAAAAUUCUUCACUUAACUGACCCACAUAUUUCACUGGAUUAUGAAUAUAAGGGUGUAGUUAACUGUGGCUUUCCGGUAUGUUGUAAGAAAGGGUUGGGAAAUAAAAUAAAAGGACAAAAUGCUGGUUAUUGGGGAGAAUAUGAUUGUGACAUUCCUCCUUGGCUAUAUGGCAAUACGCUACAACAUAUCAAACACACUCAUAAAGACUUAGACUACAUUUAUUUUACUGGAGAUAUCAUCGACCAUGAAGUCUGGAACUCAUCAGUUCAAUCAAAUACAGUGCGAAUUAACCUAGCUUAUAAAGCGUUAAAGGAUACUUUUACAAUUCCAGUGUAUCCUAUAAUUGGAAACCAUGAAUCUACUCCACUGAAUUUGUAUGCCCCCGAUAAAGAAGAAAUAGUUGCAAAAGGUCUAUCUACUAACUGGUUGUAUGAUCUAAUGGCGAAGCUAUGGAGUCCAUGGUUACCUGAGAGUGCAUUGAAGACAGUUCGUCGACAAGGGUACUACGCUUAUUCGGUUAACGAUAAAUUGAAGAUUAUUGGAUUAAACAAUAAUGUCUGCUAUAAUUUUAAUUGGUGGUUGUUAUUAGAAACGGAGUAUCUAAAUGAGCAGCUACAAUUUCUGAUCCAAGAACUAGAAGAAUCAGAGCAGAAGGGGCAAUUCGUACACAUCCUUGGUCAUGUAUCGGUCGGUAAUCAAGAAUGUAUAGAGCCUUGGGAGAAGAGCUACAAUGAAAUUGUUAGAAGAUAUGCUCAUAUUAUAAAAGGACAGUUUGUUGGCCAUACUCACACUGACGAACUCAAAAUAUUCUACGACAAGCAUAACAAACCUAUAAACAUGGCUUUCAAUGGAGCAAGUUUAACACCCUAUGUAAAAUAUAAUCCGAAUUUCAAAGUAAUGACUGUUGAUCCGGUAAAUUUUGAUAUCCUUGAAAUUGAGACAUACUAUUUUAAUUUAACCGAAGCUAAUCUCCGGCCAGACACGAGUCCUGCCUGGAAAAAGUUAUAUUCCAUGAAAAAAGCCUACAAUCUACCAGAUCUAUCUCCGACAAGUUUUGAUGUCUUGGCAGAUAAGUUGUUUAACGAUACAAAUUUAGCGAAAUUAUAUUUUGAGUACUACGUCAGGCGUGGGGAUCCAUCUCUUAAAGAAGGCUGUGAUAAAAAUUGCCUUGAUGAAAUACGUUGCAAAAUUGUUACUACACAGUCUCUACAUCCGCAAAAAGAACAGUGCCUUAACUAGGCACUGCUUUUCUAGGCAAUAGGUUUAUUAAUUUAUUGUUAUGUUAAAAUUAGUCAAAUAAAAGUUAUUAUUAAGCAAUUAAA